AUGGAAUUCUGUGACCAACUUCCACUUAUCAAUAACGUGUCCGUCGAAAGAAUAGUCUUAAUUAAUGAUGUAAUUAGCGUUCAAUUGCACGGUUUCUGUGACGCAAGUGAGUGUGGCUACGGAGCCUGUAUUUAUAUAAGACCAAUGGAUUCUACAGGAAAAAUAAGCGCAGCGUUAUUUCAUGUGAAAUCGCGUAUAGCACCAUUGAAAAUAGUUUCGCUGCCACGACUCGAGUUGUGUGGAGCUCAACUUCUUGCUAAGCUCAUUACGCAAACCAUGGUCAUCACGGGAAUUUCUUUCGAGAAAGUAGUAUUGUGGUCAGAUUCCACUAUUACACUAUAUUGGAUUCACACUUCACCACAUUUGCUAAAAACAUUUGAAGCAAAUCGUGUUGCUGAUAUUCAAAAGCAAUCCAAUCCAAGUCAAUGUCGUCACAUUCGUUCAGGAGAUAAUCCAGCCGAUGUAUAA